CGCCAAUUUUGACAGCUGUCAAGCAUCCUCCAGCCGAGCGCAUCUCUCAGCAUCCAAAUCCUCAGUUGCGUUUUAACACUCAGAGCGUGAGGUUGUGCUGGAUCCUACAAAGAGCUAACAAGAUGACACAAAAUUAAAUAGAAUACAAACAAAUUUUUAGCAAAUAUUCGACACUCAAGUGGAUAAAUCACAACGCAAAAAUGUGGCACUGGCGCGUGCUGUGCAUUUGCUUAUUGGUGCCAUUGGCCAGCUCAACGGCUCCUGUGAGUUUUGAGGCCAAUCCGGACACCAAGCGGCUCUACGAUGACUUGCUGAGCAACUACAAUCGUUUGAUACGUCCCGUGGUGAACAACACGGAAACGCUGACGGUAUGGCUGGGUCUGAAGUUAUCCCAGCUGAUUGAGGUGAACCUCAAGAAUCAGGUGAUGACUACCAAUCUGUGGGUGAAGCAGCGCUGGUUCGACUACAAGUUACGUUGGGAUCCCGAGGAGUACGGUGGCGUGGAGCAGCUCUAUGUGCCCUCGGAGCACAUUUGGGUGCCCGAUAUUGUGCUCUACAAUAACUGGGAUGGCAAUUAUGAGGUCACUUUGAUGACCAAAGCCACGCUCAAGUACACUGGGGAAGUGUUUUGGGAGCCGCCUGCCAUUUACAAAUCUUCCUGCGAAAUGAAUGUCGAAUAUUUUCCCUAUGAUGAGCAAAUUUGCUUCAUGAAAUUUGGCUCAUGGACGUACAAUGGUGCACAAGUGGAUUUAAAGCAUUUAGAUCAGAUACCCGGCAGCAAUCUUGUCCAAGUGGGCAUCGAUUUAACCGAGUUUUAUCUAUCCGUGGAGUGGGAUAUACUCGAGGUGCCAGCGACCAAAAAUGAGGAAUAUUAUCCGGAUACACUGGAGCCGUUUUCAGAUAUCACCUUCAAGCUGACUAUGCGCCGCAAAACUUUAUUCUAUACUGUCAAUCUGAUUGUGCCCUGCGUGGCGCUCACUUUUCUCACGGUGUUGGUGUUUUAUUUGCCCAGCGAUUCCGGCGAGAAGGUUACGUUAUGUAUUUCAAUACUUGUGUCGUUGACCGUGUUCUUCUUGUUAUUGGCCGAAAUUAUACCGCCAACAUCGUUGGCAGUGCCCCUGCUGGGCAAAUAUCUGCUCUUUACCAUGAUACUCGUCUCGCUGUCCGUGUGGACAACGGUCUGUGUGCUCAACAUACACUUCAGAUCCCCCUCAACGCACAACAUGUCGCCCAUGGUGCGUAAGCUCUUUCUGCACUUUAUGCCCAAGCUGAUGAUGAUGCGGCGGACCCAAUACACGCUGCCCGACUACGAUGACUCCACGCCCAGCAAUGGCUACACCAACGAGAUCGAUGUGCGCGACAGCAUCAGCGACUUUCCCAGCGAGUUUAAGGACAGCCAGGAUGGCGCUUACGAUAAUGGCAUGCAGAAUUCUGUGGAUUCUGACAAUGUGAUACCGAGGAACUUAACACCCGAAGUGCUGCAGGCAUUGCGUGCGGUCAGAUUUAUUGCGCAGCAUAUCAAGGAUGCCGACAAGGAUAACGAGAUUGUGGAGGACUGGAAAUUCGUCUCGAUGGUGCUGGAUCGCUUCUUCCUGUGGCUCUUUACGCUGUCCUGCGUUUUCGGCACUUUCGCCAUCAUCUGCCAGUCGCCGUCGCUGUAUGACACCCGCGCGCCCAUCGACCGACAGCUCAGCGAGAUUCCGUUGCGCAAAAAUAAUUUCAUGUUGCCGCCGGACAUUGUGCGGCAGGUUCUCACCUAAUUGGGGGGGUCCAAGGAUCACGCCUCUAUGGCAAGGAAAAUACAGCUAAAGUUAACAAUUCUUGAAUGGAUAAUUGUGCAAUCAAAUCAAGUUUUCCAAUUAAAAUAUUGCAGUGAUUCUUUUGUUGUUUAUGUUUAACAAUCAGCAAUAUUAAUAAACUAAUCAAGAAAAAAACACAAUAAAAAUAAA